AUGAAGGCUAAAAAACCUCCCAAUUUCUUAAUCGAUAUCCCCCGCGAGAUCCGCGACGAAAUCUAUGGAUACGCCUUUCAAACCCAAUACAAUUGCAUCACCUAUCGCUGCACCCUCAAAAACACCUAUCAAAUCCUCCCCUACGAUCCUCAAAACGACAUCUGUCUCUCAAGCUCUCCUCUCCCCGCUCUCGCUCUUCUAAGUACAUGUGUUCAGCUGUACAAUGAAGCCAUCAUCUCACUCUGGAGAGUCAAUUCCCUGGGUCUCUGGCCCGCCGAUUUACUUUUCCGUCUGGGAAGCCUAGGCGAAGAUGUCUUUAUGCAUAUCCAAUCUCUACAGGUCAAUCUCGACUUGAUCGAUUCGGAUGAUUUGCAAUGGGCGGAAAUGUUGUUUUCGAGAAUCGGUGGGAAGGGGAGUAUUCGUGAUGAGAGCACCGAAGGGAAAACAUGGGGUAGUUUAAAGUGGGUACAAAUCAACCCCAUGAGAACAGAGGAGAUGAAUUUGGAUGUUAAAUGGAUGCAAAGAGUCUCGGAAGCUAUACACUUGAGGUGGAAAAGCGAGGAGUUACUAGCGUGUGAUAAUGAAGAUGCGGAAGAUGUUUGGGGGUUAUAUUCUGAAUGGAUGGAGCUUUUCCGUAAGGCGGCCACACCGGGCAAUGAUGCGUACUUGGGAGAAGGGGUAAAGAGGUUGGUUAGUGUGAAUACGGCAUGGGAUGGAUGGACGUAUUGGGAGCAGGACCAUUGGGUGAAGAAAUUAGAACAUGGGGCAAAUGUGAAAGAAAUGGAGCAAGUAAUGAAGGAUUUGAACGAGACGUUUGGGGGAGAGCUGUGGGCAAAUGGGAGGUUGUGUUAUAAGGAGAAGAAGAGAAUUGGGAGGGUUUUUAAGUUGAAACCGGUGGAUCUUUUGGAGUGUGACUUUUGA